AUGUCGCUCCUUUUUGUCACGCGGAGAACGGUCUGGAGCAGACCGACACGCUUUUACCACACAUUAGACAAGAGCUCUGUUGACCCCUUAAUCUACAGCCAUAUGGGGAGAUAUCCCAGUCUGCGCCGUCAGUUUUCCUCAUCGAGGUAUUGGCAGCGUGGAUCACAGAACCAGAAUGAACGUCCUAAUGGAAACCAGUCAUUCUGGGCCAAGCUGAGCUUUGCUCUGAGCAAGACUAAGGUUGAGUGGUACUCCAUUCCGGUUGGACUGGGAAUCGCAUAUCUUGGCUUUGUUCAAAUCUACAAAAUCCAAAAAGCUGAGAAAGAGAAACAACUACAAGAAUCAGGAGAAGGAUAUGAAGAGGUUCCACGGAGGAAAAGAGUACGACUUUCCGGGCCAUGGCAAGUUCAAAUGAUGUCGACUUUGCCCCUAAAGGCAAUGUCUCGUUUAUGGGGCCGUUUCAACGAGCUUGAGCUGCCUUACUGGCUUCGUGUUCCGGGAUUCAAACUCUACUCCUGGAUUUUCGGGGUUAAUUUGAGCGAAGUGGCCGAACAAGACCUUCACGUCUAUCCCAAUCUCGCGGCGUUUUUCUAUCGAGAAUUAAAGCCCGGUGUACGACCUCUAGACCCUAACCCAAAUGCUAUUCUAUCUCCGUCCGAUGGUCGUAUUCUGCAGUUUGGUAUGAUCGAAAAGGGGGAAGUCGAGCAGGUAAAAGGCGUGACUUACAGUCUCGAUGCUCUCCUCGGACGAGACGCGGGGACUCCAAGGUCAGGGCUCGCGCAGCCCGCCCUCAGAUCAUCUGGGAAUAGCAACACGACGGAUGCCAAAACCGACAGCGAUAACAUGGAAGCAGACGAGGAAUUUGCUAAAAUGAACGGCAUAAGCUACACUCUACCCUCACUUCUCUCCGGAGGGAAAGACGGACACACGGACAAGAGAGCCAGCUCAAUGGAUGCAUCAGUCGAGUCGAGCUACAAAUCCGAGGUGAACGUGCAGGCCGAUCUCGCAAAAGGUGAAACUCCAUGGUAUAUGCCCAAACCAGCUUCGAAUCGCGCUCUAUACUAUGUUGUCGUCUACCUCGCACCGGGAGACUACCAUCGGUUCCACUCGCCAGUUCCAUGGGUCGUCGAGAGCCGACGCCAUUUCGCUGGCGAGCUCUUUUCCGUUUCACCAUAUCUUCAACGAACACUUCCAGGCCUCUUCACUCUCAACGAACGCGUCGUCCUCCUUGGCCGGUGGAGAUGGGGCUUCUUCAGUUUCACGCCGGUGGGCGCAACGAACGUCGGCUCCAUCAAGAUCAACUUUGAUCGUGAACUACGCACAAACAGUCUUACGACGGACACCGAAGCUGACCGCCAGGCAGCUCUUGCAGUCAAGCGCGGAGAAGUCUACCCCGGUUAUGCGGAGGCCACGUACCACCUCGCUAGUAAGACUCUGGGCGGCCACGCAUUGGAGCGGGGUGAGGAGAUGGGUGGCUUCCAGCUGGGUAGCUCGAUUGUCUUGGUCUUCGAGGCACCGAUGGGCGAGCCAAAAAAUCUAGAACUCGGUUCGGGCGGUGAGAGAGAAGGUGGCUGGGUGUGGAAGAUCGAGAAGGGACAAAGAGUCAAAUAUGGUGAGGCAUUGGGAGAAGUGAAAGCCUAA